AUGAAUGGAAGGGAUGGGUGCUGUAUUGCAAGACAUGAUGCUGGGAGUGUAAGUGCGUAUAAUAUGUCGAAAAUGGACCGGAUAAUGCAGAGAUUCCGGCCUAUAGCGCCUAAGCCGGCUGCUGCAAUUGGGUCGUUUUCCAGCGGCUGCGGAAACAAGUCCGCCGUCCCGGAAAACGCUGGUCUGAGUGUUAAAGUUGAGAUUGGAAAAAGACCGUGUGAAAAAUAUAGUGCAAGUAGUGUAAAGAAGAAGUGUACUGGGAGAAAAAGGAAGGCUUCAUCUGAAGAUAGUGAGUUAAAUGGUAGAACAGCCUCCAAUGAGUCAAUUUCCGGUGACACGGCGGUGACGCUGCUGUUAUUGCCGGAGACACCUGAUGUGAAGGAAAGUUCCAAAAGGGAGCCACAGAGUUCACCUUUAUGUCUAAGUUUUGGGAAUGAAGAAAAGCACGUCGGUCACGACAUGGAGGAUCUUCCACUGGCGGUGGUGCCUCAGGCGGUUCUCCGCCAGUCGGUGGUCGGAUCAUGGGUGAAGGUUGAAUGCAUAACCGUCGCGUGGGAGCAUUGUGAUGUUUACGGACUAGGGCAUACGGACGAGGAGAGAAUGAUGAAUCUAUAUCUCGACACGUGUCCGGGGUUCGUAUCAGACGGUCUGAACAGGGUGAAGUGGACAAAUUUGGCCUACAAGCAGAUGGUACAAGGUGAUGCUGCGGCGUCGGCGGCGGAGGUGUGGCUGGUGAUCAACAAGGGGGUGGCCCUGCCGGUGGGUUGGCCCUCUUUCACAUGCUGGCUGACGGUGGUGAAAAGUCCCACCACCUCUCUCACGGUGCCGUGUGAUGUGUGGAGAAUGGAAUGUGGAGGGUUUGCAUGGAGACUUGAUGCAAAGGCUGCCCUAUCUUUAGGUUCAUAA